AUGAAAGGCCUUAUCUGUCUAUUCAGCCGGCCCUAUCUGCUCCUCCCCGUCCCUUCCCCCCCCCCCCACGUCGGUUCGGAGCUCCUCUCUCUACCAAAAGGGACGUCCACCGGGUUCCAGAUCACAGAUGGAAAAGAGGAUCUGACCAGGGCAGCCUUUGUCCCGCUGAUGGCCGAUUUACCGUCGGGGUUGGGAGCAAUAACCGUUGGGAUGGCCCGUCGUCAUUUCUCAGAAAUGUACAGAGAACAAGUUGCAGAGGAACAAGUUUUCUUUCUUUCUUCUUACCUUAGUUCGAAAAGAAUGGAUAAAACUCUUCGUCUAGGAGCGAGAGAAACCUAA